CAACUCACCAGUUGCUGCGAAUCCGGCGGCCUAUCUGUAGCGUCGACUGGCGUCGCGACGCAUCGACGGAGGUUUGUAUUUAGCGGGCCAUUUCGCGAUCGUCAUUUCGUAUUGUUUUUCGAUGGAGUUCUAAGGGAGAGGGCCAAGAUGAGUGAGGAAACUGAUGAAGUAGAUGGAAUGGAGCUGGAGACCUUGUACCAUCGAUACUGCAUUAGGCUUAAGCAUGCUCUCUUCAUGUCAUGUCUCUAUCUUUCAACAAUAACAUGUUCAGGACUUCUCGUAACAACUUGCGUACUGCAUGUGCAGGACAUGCUGGACAAUAUCAGCGCCGUGGUCGUCCUGUCGAUCCUCACCUUCGUCCUGUUUGUCAUCCUAAUGGCCUCUCAGUUUCCAGCCAUCCUAGAAUCGGAAGUGUGGGCUCUGGUUUCCUCACUAACAAUAACCGUCGUGGUGGCGACGUCUAUGAUAUGGCUGGCGGGCAGACAUGCCGCCCUUCCUCUAUUCGCGCUAGUCCUGGCCAUACACACGAUGCUGCCGUUGUCCAGGUCCGUGUCCAUCGUCCUUGCGGCCGUGGUGACGACAGCGCAUUUAGCAACGUCGGCCACAGUCAAGCUGAAAGGUGGCGAAAAUUUUUUACAGAUAAUUCCUGAAUUGAUCCUGCUCUUGGCCGGAAGCUCCACUGGAUUAUACUAUCGACACAUGACGGAGGGGGCACAUAGACGUACCUUCGUGGGCACGAGGACGUGCAUAGAGUCGAGGGUUAAACUGGAGUGCGAGAAAGAGCAGCAGGAGCAGCUCCUGCUCAGCGUCAUACCAGCCUACAUCGCGGCAGAGGUGAAACGGAGCAUCAUGCUGAAGAUGGCGGACGCCUGCCAGGAGCAUUCGAACCGCAGCUUUCACGAAAUGUACGUGCAAAGACACAACAACGUCUCGAUAUUGUAUGCAGACAUCGUGAACUUCACCCCACUUUCCGAGCAACUUUCAGCGUCCGACCUAGUUAAAACUUUGAACGAGCUCUUCGGGAGGUUUGAUCAGAUAGCGCAGGAUAACCAGUGUAUGCGUAUCAAAAUCCUUGGAGACUGUUAUUACUGUGUGUCCGGUUUGCCAGUGUCAAGGCCAAAUCACGCCUACAACUGCGUCAACAUGGGUUUGCAGAUGAUUGAGGCCAUUCGAUUCGUGAGGGAGGCCACUGGAUUCAAUGUCGAUAUGCGUAUCGGUAUCCAUACCGGAAACGUACUCUGUGGAGUACUCGGACUCCGGAAAUGGCAAUUCGAUGUCUGGAGCGAUGACGUCACUCUUGCCAACCACAUGGAAUCCGGUGGAAUUGCUGGGAGAGUCCACAUCACCAAAUCAACCAUGCUUCAGCUUGGGGACAAAUUCGAAGUUGAACCUGGGAAUGGUGGAAAAAGAGAGGCAUAUCUAGCUGAUCACAAAAUAGAAACAUAUCUCAUUAUACCCCCGAAAAAAGAAGAGCCAGAAAUACAAAACGGGCACUUAAAGUAUCGAAAUUCGAUGAGAGACCGCGGCAAUAGUGCCACAAGUGAUAUUAUUGUAGGUAUGGCCACCCCAAGUGGCAUGCCCUCCAGAUCCAGACCUUCUAGCAAGAUGACCAAGUACGUAGAGUGCUGGGGUGCGGACAAACCUUUCGCCAACAUCGCCGAGUCGACACUGGCUAAAAACAUAGAACUGACUUUUGACUCCUACAGACAGAGCUUGGCCAUGAUAGAAUCCAAUCUGCUUCCUGGAAGGAGCACGUGUUUGGAAUGCAAAAAAUCCUGGAGUGCUGAAGAACUUCAUCCGGCAUUAUUGUGGUUUCGGAAUCCCAAACACGAACGAGAAUAUAGAAGUUUGUGCGAUCCAGAGUUUCGAUACUACAUCGCCUGCUCGUCAUGCGUAUUUGUUGCCAUGUGUGUAAUGCACCUGACUACUAUACCAAGGAGCCUCGUUAUGUACGGCACUCUUGGUCCAACGCUUGUAGUUCUCAUAGUCUUCGUCUAUUUAUGCUGGCUGGACGGAUGCUGUGGACCACGACCUCCUUCAGAAACGCCUCUGGAUCAACAGGAACAAUGUUCGCCACCAGGAGAAAUUGUCUCAGAGAGCCGUUGCCUCAGACUGGCCAUAUUUCUGGUAUCGGUCGUCUUGAUUUCUGCUUGUUCUGUGGUGACACUGGUGGACUACUAUCCAAACACCCACAAAGACCUUCAAUUUGCUGAGUUCCUAUCGAAUAAUAGCCGCAACCAAAGUGCUUCGUUAAGAUUUUCAAAUGGUUCCAACGAGUUUCGGUUUCAGUUAGAAGAUUUGGAAAUCUCAAACGAUACCAUUGUGGAAUAUGUCCCUACAUAUCUGUAUAGUUCAGCGUUAGUCCUAGCAGCAAUAUCAGUAUUUUUGAGGAUGGGUUUCAUCCUGAAAUUGUGUCUCAUGGUGGCAUCUUUGGUGACCCACAUUGUUAUUUACAGUUACCUCGAGUUUUUUCAGGUUUACCAUAACAUCGUUUUCGACGAGUUUCCAGGUUUACCGUUCGAAUUUAAGAGUGCUUUGGUUCUAACAGUUGUUGUACUUCUUUUCCAUAUAUUAGAUCGACAGUUAGAAUUCACAGCAAGGACAGACUUCCUAUGGAAAGCGAAGUUAAAAGUGGAACAAGAGGAAGUUGAAACUAUGAGGGGUAUAAAUAAGAUAUUACUAGAAAAUAUUCUACCAGCCCACGUCGCUGAGCAUUUUCUCGCUCAAAGAGACAACUUGGAACUGUACCACGAAAGAUAUUCCUGUAUAGCAGUGAUGUUUGCCUCCAUACCCAACUACAAGGAGUUUUACGAUGAGAGCGACGUGAACAAACAAGGCUUGGAAUGCCUAAGGUUACUCAACGAAAUAAUUUGUGAAUUCGACAAGCUUCUAUUGAAGCCGAAAUUUAGUUGCAUAGAGAAAAUCAAAACAAUCGGGAGCACUUAUAUGUUAGCUUCGGGACUGAAUCCAGGGAAAGAAGAAGAGAAGGGUGGAACUCGUAAAGAAGAACACAUUAUAGUCGCCCUGGUGGAUUUUGCUGUAGCUCUGAUGACAAGCUUGGACCAAAUAAAUAGAGAUGCAUUUCAAAGGUUCAAACUGAGAGUGGGACUAAAUCAUGGGCCAGUGAUAGCAGGCGUGGUAGGAGCCCAGAAGCCACAGUACGACAUUUGGGGGAACACCGUCAACGUAGCAUCAAGGAUGGAUUCUUGUGGUAUCAUGGGAAGAAUACAGGUUACUGAAGAUACAGCUAAGAUAUUGAUGAAUGCAGGAUAUACCUGUGAAUGCCGGGGACCGACAUACGUCAAAGGGAAAGGAACUUUGACCACAUACUUUGUCAAGACUCCUUUCGACGACAAAUGAAUCUUUUUGUGAUAAAACGGUUGUGUUAUUUUAACAUGAGAGCUUUGUUAUAGAAGACUUGAAAACGCUUGUGAAAUGUACAGUCGGUUAGAACCAUUACACGUUUUAGUCAAUAUCAUAUCGCCUGGAAAAAGAUCACGAUCAUAAUGCGUCGGUUAAGAGGGACAUAGAUCGAUGAAUAUCUUCGAAUAACAUUAAUAUUUGAAUUGACAAAAAAUUAUGCUGUAGAUGAUAGAAAAAUUUAUAUUCAUCUUAUGUAUACCGAGAAUUCGAAAAAGUUCGUCAAGUUGGCUAUGUCUGGAAGUAGUGCUAACCUUAAGCCAUCAUCUGUGAUUAUCAUGCAGCUGACUUUUGACAAGGCUAAGGCUACUGAGGGGCACAGCAGGUUCAGUUUAUAUUUUCUGAGAUUUUCAAUGGUUUUUAUAGAAAUAAUGGACUGAGCAAUGUCAGCAUGAAAUUGGCUUAUUUAUAGAAAGAGGGAAAUGAUCGUCGGGCAUUUACCCGUCUCUUUUUUGUUCGCAUAGAGGUGAGUACAAAAUUGUAGAAAAAGAGAACUGCAUGCCCAAUGUCCAGUUUCUCUCUGUCACUUUUUUUGACCGUAUUUCAUGCAUAGAUAGAAAGGGAAGGCACAGUCCAUGUUUAUAUGUCUAUGGUUUGCCCCUCAGCGUGACCGUCAAUCCGAAAUGUCCUACUGCUUCCUGUUUUUGUUAUUUGAGACCAUGGAGGUAAAGGUAGGUUCUCAUAGUUCGUACCUCUAUGUUAUAUGUUUAAUAAGACCUAAGAUUGACAAAAAUGGGAGGAGAUAAUUGCGCAAGCUGAAAACUCAACAGGUUGUAGGUUGAAGAAUAAUUAUGAAAGUUAAGCACCACGUUCAUUCACUUACGCAGACAAUUUUUUCUCGAUGCUCGUUAUUAUAUUGCUCAUUUCUAGGUUCUAUUAAUAAUUGUCUGGAUAUCUUGAGUUUAUAAUAGGUACCUGUCUGAUUCGAAGGAAAAUUGGAACCUUCCACUCACAUAUCAGCAAUAAAAAAUGUUAAAACUUUUUCCCAUAAAAAUAUUUUGAAUCUAUUCCAACGUGAAAUAUAUAGAGAUUAUUAGAUGGGAAUGAGCAGUAAAUGAAUAAACUCAGUUUGGAAAUCGGUACUGUUUCUGAACAAAGAUUAUAGAGUUAACUCUUUUUGUUUUCUGAAGAGAUCAUCUGUAAAUAAAAGUUAGUGGUUGUUAAUCUAUGGGCGAUAAAUGUAUCAGUAAGUUGUUCUGCUAUUUUUUCUCGAAGAGGCUGUGUUGAAUUAUUAAGUUAUGAUUUAGGAUUAUAAUAUAUGUAAAUUAUAUCUAUGUACGUACUCAUCAAAUCGAAAUGUCCAUGUUAUUCAUUCUCAGACUUUAAAAUUAUACCGACAGCACAGCGGUCUAUACUUUAGAAUGCUGUGCCUCCAUAAAGGCCUAAUGUUAAAAUCAAAAUCCUCUAAUAUAAAUUAUUUUACUGUCAAUGAAUCUUAUAUCAUGUAUUAUCUCUCAGCUUUCACCAUUAAACACAUCCAAUCGUUUGUAUAUGACUUUUGUUUUUCUAAUAAUCAAUUAAAAUUAGACCAAGAUUA